AUGGGCAGCCUUAUUCUAUCAGAUUCGAGUGCUCAGUGUGAUGAGAAACGCCCUCACUGCGGCAAUUGCGUCAAGAGGAAACAUCCUUGCCCUGGAUAUCGGGACUUCUUUGACGCAGUCCAUAAGGAUGAGACUUUCCUUACCUCUCAUAAAAGUGCCCCGAAGCGGCAAAAGAAGGUCCAUAGUCCUGCCAGCGAUUCCCCGGACAGCUUUCUCACCGUCACAAACACGCCGUCGCCGAAUCAUCUCGAUCCAACUCUGGACCUAAGCCUUGCUCUCCUCACCAGGCCAUCUCGCAAUUUCGAGAUGGAAUCAAUUUGUUACUUCUUCACCAACUAUGUCAACAUUCCCCGGGAUCCGAGUACUAAUAUCUUCAUCGAACACAUCCUUCCUAUAUACCUGAACACCGACCCCAACUCGGGGCUGGCGGAAGCAAUCAAUGCCGCCGCCAUCAACGUCACUUCCAUGUGGAUAAAUCGAUACGCUGAUUCUUAUCGUGCCCGCGAAGCAUACGCCAAGGCCGUGAGUAUCCUGAAGUCCUCGCUGCAAGAUCCCAUCGAAUCCAAGUCAGAUGAGACGCUCGCCACUGUAUUCAUGCUGGACUUUUAUGACUCCCUCAAUCGGCGCUUUGUACACUUUGUCGACACCGGCACCCAUCAGCAAGGUGCGGUAGCUUUGCUCAAGCAUAGGGGGAAACAUAGUUUCACUACUCCGCUCUCUCAGAGGCUCUUCAAUGCCAUGAGAAGUCGCCAUAUCAAUUAUUCGUUGCAGUUUGGCAGACGGGUGGAACUGGAUCCGGAACUCCUAAGUGACGACACUGCAGUUCUCCCUUCUGCGAAGCUUGACCUUUUGAACGUGGAAUUAGCGGACUUGCUUGUUUUGGCUCGCGACGGUCCUGAAGUCGCUGGCUUCACCUUAGUCGAGUUCUAUCAGGUCAUUUUGGAGAGGGCGCUGGCCCUUGAAAAGAGACUGCAAGCAUGGAUGGACGCCCUCCCCAAUUCAUGGCGACCUGUAUCUAUUCCGGCAUCCGAACUACAUCCUUCCAUCCGCGACGCUGGACUUUAUGAAGGCAUGUGCGACGUAUACUCCUCGCUCGCAGUCUCUCAUAUCACCAAUGCUGCUCGGAGUUCUCAACUUGGAGCAAUCCGUUUGAUUACAAGAUGCUCGGAGGGGCUUACGGAGCUGGGCAUUGCCGUCGACCCCCAAAUCGAGCCUGAUCUUGACGUGCGAAUUCAAGAAAUUGUCGAUCGGUUCUGUGCAUCGGUGCCAUUCCAUCUAGGCAACCGAACAACACCUGCAUACCCCGAUGAGCACAGAGAAUAUCCUCACGUGCCUGCAGAGCUCCGGCGCCUGGCGAGUUAUGUCGACCCAUUCGGCAACGAGGUCCAGAUGACGAUGGAAGACCAUGUGCGCGCUGCUGCGGCGAUCGGUGGCUGGUUCAUCAUGGUACCUCUGGCCGGAUUUCUCAAGGCUCGCACCAUGACGAUGUCGCGCGUGAGACCAGGGCCGUUGGUGGCAAAGCUCAGAAAGGGCCAAGUGGCCUGGAUCCGUAGUCAAAUGGAACGGAUACAGAAGAUCUAUUUGUUUCCAACUAACGGUAGCUCAACCGAACACGAUUGGAAGUGUAUCCUGAAGCAAUUCUGCGACGCUCAGGGUGACGGCCACAAUUUGUUCCAACCGCUAGCAUUCAAUCAAAGAAUAUGGGCAACUUGA